AUGAGGACCUUCCAGACCCAGAGCCAGGCAGCGCAGCGCGGAGCCUCCAGCAGCCCGCUCAGCCUCAUCAGCUCCGGCAGCAGCAGCUCCAUGAGUCUCCUCAGCACCGCCAGCGUCGCCCUCACAGCCCUGCUCCUCCUCUCCAUCCCAGUCUGCAGAAGUGCUCCAGCAGAACUUCAGCAUUCCACAACAGAUCAGAGGCAGCUCCUCAGCCAGAUAGACGCCGUGUGCUCGUCCUACCUCUCUGCAGACCUCAAGUUUUGGGCAUCUGAUGUCUUAGGAGAACUCUGUGUCUUGAUGCUGGUUCAGAAGACAAAGGAGGUGAAAGUGCACGAAAAUAGUAAAAGGACUCCAAUGUUGCAUCCUCUCCUGCAUCUCGUUUCUCAACUCCACACCAGAAGAGAGAGAGGAAUCUCAAUGCGCGCUGAACUCCAGGGACCUGGAGGAAUCCAGAGCAGAGGUUACUUCCUCUAUCGGCCACGAAAUGGAAGACGAUCCCUAGAAUAUAAGUAA